UUGGGUGUUUGACGUUGUAAAUGUAAUACUGGGCGGUGAGCUAUACACCUUCGCGAUAUUGACUUGAUUGAAAUAUCAUUCAAGUUAUCAUGAUUGCUCGGUUGCACGCUAUGUAUCAACGAUCCAGAAAGGUGCUGAUAUUUCUCGUUGUCAUCUUUCUGGCCAUCAGAAUUGCCAAUGCAGUCAUGGUCGCAAUAACAAUGACACAGAAUUCAGGAGAGGAACUUGUUCUCUCCGGCACCUAUCAUUGCACCAUAGACUAUACGGGAGAUUUCCUAUUUUUGAGUUCCAUGAGUUUGAUACUUGUCACUGUAUGGGAGGUCGUUGCACUGUGUCUCGCAGUCUGGAUCGCUGUGAAACACUUCCGAGAACUGCGAAGACACCCAACAAGAGGUGUUAUCGGGGACUGUUUCACAGUGUUAAUGAAAACUCAUGUGGGUUACUUUGCGGGUUUUUUUGUUUUUGCUUGCUUCAAUAUCGGUCUACUCUGUCCAACGCUCUUGGCGGACACAUUGUUCCUGGACAUUCAGAUUUAUUAUGGCUUCUCUAUAAUCUCCGCGACGAUGCAGCUGUCUGUGCUGGGACCACGCCUCAUCCUUAGUGUUCGAGAAUAUCAUGCAAAACUCAUGGCAGACUCCGAUACAACAAGCACUAUGACUUCAAUUGCUUUCCAGCACCGUAUCGAUGUAGAAACUAACAGUAGCGUUUAGUGAAGGACAUUCUCGAACUGAUUGUUUUGUGAUGGGCGGGUAGUCUGUAGGGGUGUUUGUUUUUGUUCAUUCCAAGUUUCGUCGUGGUGCUUGCUUAAGUUAUUUGACACAAGCAACUCUAUUAUGCAUCCUGCACAUAGUAAAUAUUGGUCACCUCCGUAGCUAGGCGGAACAUCUGAAAUAUCUAAGUCUUUUGCAAUUUGACAGGGUACCAAAUUCCCAC